AUGGGCAGGUCGUCGCCUCCAUUCAUUUACGAUCAUCCUUCCACCUACAACUUCUAUGGCCCAACCGACCCCGGCUUUAACCCCAAAGCCGUGACGGAGGCGAGCCGGACUCGUCCCCCGCCCAGGCCCAAGCCCGAGGGCCCGUUGGUGAAUAUCAACCGACAUCCCGACUCGUGGGGUAGCCUCGAUGUAAAGCCAACCUGGACACCGAUGAGUCCCAAAACAAAGGUCAGAGUCACAUAUGCGCGACGCACACAAUUGGGUUUGCGAAUAAUCGCCCUACUCGGGGCACUUGGGUCCCUAUUCUGCUCCAUUGUGAUCACAAAUAUUGCGACGACCGUCAUUUGGAUCAUUCGGGCUGGCCCCAUUGUGGCAAUUCUGCAUACCAUCUAUGCCAUUUACCAUCUCGGUCGAUCUCCAAUUACUCGGCCUCCCGCUUCACAAGCUAGCUACGGGCUCUUCGCCUCCACCCUCGACGCGGGGCUCAUUCCGUUCUACGUGUUUACCGCCUUCAUGGCCCAUGGGGAAUACACCAUCGAUGCCUACUAUUGGGGCACCUUAUUUGACAAAAGCGAUGUGACCGUUCAGGUGGCCAAAGCCACAUUUAUAUGCGCCCUCGCCAAUGGUGGCUUGCACCUGGUAUCUCUUCCUCUAUCGAUCUUCUUGGCGGUUAUGUUCCGUAAGAUCUCUCAUCUGCCUCCAGAUAUGAACCCAUUGGAAGACAACUUGACUGCUCGCCCUCGCAAGAGUCGCCGGGAGAUUGAUGUGGAUAAGAAGCAUAUGAGCUCCUCUACGCUGAAUUCGAGCCUCGAUGCCCCGCUCAUUGGUUCUCCUCGCUCUGUGCCAUUCAUGCAUACGCGUGGCCAGUCCUCGGCUGGUGACUCUAACCGUGGAUCAAUGGACAUGAUUAACGAGAAGUUUCAGUCUCGGGAAUCUGUUCGGCCGCACCGGUUGUCUCACAUGGAGCUCUCAGGUCCGGAGAUGCUGUUCCAGCAUCCUGCCAGCCAGCCUUAUGAUAUCACCUCCCAGACUCCGGCCCCUGAAUACCGCAACGUGGCUAUGCAUUCGCCUGAAAUUGUGGACCCCGGCACUCACACCCUCCACUUGGUACCUCGCACUGCAGAUAGAUCGCACUCGGUGAGCUCCGUGUCUGAUAACUGGGUUGCCUACUCCGAUCGUUCGCAAUCCCCCAUAAGCGACGUCAACAAUGAGAAUGCUGCCGCUCUUCGUCAGUCAUCGUCAGUCUAUAGUCGCCGCACCACCUCCACAGCUACCUCACAUGGCGGCAAUGGUAUCCGAGACUGGUUCGCAUACGGACAGAAGCCUGCGAGCAUCGGAAGCAUAAUCCCUGAAGACACCCGCGGAGAAUAUGCAUCACUGGCAAUGCACGAGAAUUACGCCAACGACGAUGAAAAGCACGAGCAGGACCUGGGUGACCAACGCUUCAACAUCUUCCCCGACCCCGAAGAGCACAACCACGACCAUGAUGAUGAGGCUUCUCAUGGCCUUCCCUUCAACCCACUUAUGCUGAACCCCCCGACUCCACAGCCGAUCCUCAUGGAGAAGCCCGAAGACACCGAUCCAGUGCGACGCAGUGUAUUGGGUGAUAAUUUGAACAUCUCCAAUCAAAAGGCUCAGGUGGUUCCGCAGGGAUCCCUCGACAUGCCAUCACUUAAGACCCGCUAUUAUGGUGAUCUGGAGGAAGAGGGCAAGCCUGGAUUGGAUUUAUCGCGCCAUGUCAGUGCCAAAGAGGAAUUGACCCGCAAGCCAACCAAGCUCUCCAAGCAGCGCAGCAAGAAGAUGUCCGCGUACCAAUCCUUGAAGAAGGAUGACAGCGAUGAUGAGAGCUACUUGAAUACCCGAGGCGCAGUGGAAGGAGACCGCAAGGGCCGUGUUGUCAGCAACUCCGGCACAGACACCGCUCGACCGGGCCUCGUCAGUGGUGUUGGUGCCUCCCUGUCCUCCUACGGGAGCUACAUUGCUGGUCUGGGUGUUGGACGUCGCCGGGAUGUGAGCGGUAAAGUGGCUGAGGAAGGCCGCAGCUUGAACGUCCCCGACGAGGCCCCAAGUCCGAGUCAGAGCCAGAGCCAGAGCCAGAGCCAGAAGCCAGCGUCUACGCGAGCUGCUGGAUGGGCGCGGUUCGCGGGACUGUGA